UAUUUGACAGAGCCAUGAAGCUAGCGAUAGUAUUGGCAGUGUUUUGCUGCCUGGCGAUCGGAACAAUCGCGUCGCCGUUGCCGAAGAUAUCAGAGGAGAAGUCGUCGAAUCAGAACGUCGUCGAGGCAGGAAGACAGGCUGCUGUACAACCGCCUGCGGUCAGCGCAGACGACGACGACGACGACGACGACGACGACGACGACGAUGACAUCGACCUCGAUAUCACGGGGGAUGACGACGACGACGAUGACGAUGAUGAUGACGACGAUGACGACGACGAUGACGAUGAUUCCGAUUAUUUGGAACGCUUCAUCGAAGAUAUACUAGGCGAGGAGGACGACGACGACGACGAGGACGAGGCGAGUCCCGCGGCGCCAGUCGUCCCGGCGGCCACGCAACCACUGGCUCCAGCUCUUCCGGCAGCCGUGGAGGCUGACCUGAACGCCGCCCAGGAAGCGGAACAGGCAGCCGCGGCCGAGGUGGCCGGUGAAACGACGGCCCUCGAGGGCGAGACGACGGGCGCCGAGGACGACGAAGGUAACGCGUUAUCCGACGGCCAAGGUGCCUCCGGUGUCCACGAGUCGGCCCUCGAGACGUCGGAGUCCGUCUCGAACCCGGUACACGUGCCAGCCGUGUCCACGAACGAGGCAGACGCCGACGACGAGGACGACGACGACGACGACGACGAGGACGACGUCGAUCUCGUCUAUACGGAGGACGACGACGACGACGACGAUGAGGAGGACGACGACGAGGAUGACGACGAUGUAGACAGUAUCGCCGACAUCGCUGGCGCCAGACGAGCACGGGGCAUGCAGUCGAUACAGAGCAACGACGUGUCUUCCAUCUAUGUGGCGAAGUACAAUCGAUUCGUCGAUAACAUCCUCGGGAGGAUCAACAAAAUUUUGCGCAGCAAUUACGAUCCGGUCACGGUGAAGCUGACCAACCCGAACGCGAAAUCGAAGUCGAAUAAGCAGAAAGGCAAGAACAAAUUGAAGAAGAAGAGCAACAAGAACGGAUCGAGAAAACCCCCCAUGGGAACGAUCUCAACAUCGACCGAAAAAACGAUCGAGGAAGUUUCGGAAAAUGCACAGAAAAUCGUGGGACUCGAAAACAUCACUGUAUCGUCGAUCAAUUUGGAAAAGGACACCGUCACUACGUCCACGCCGGAUGUCGCGAGUAGAACCGUGGUGGAAAUAGCAACGAAGUCAACGAAUCGACGAACAUCCGGUUCGAACGCGAAAAAAACGAAUAAAACUCGGACCGGGACGAAGAACAAAACGAAAAACCAGGCACCCAAUAAGAACAAAACGAAGAAAAACAAACCGAAAGCACGAGCCACUCUGUACGGGCUCGCGAGCCUUCAGAGAUCGGGGGACGUGUCCGUGAACAUGAUGAGCGAUCACACCAUGAUUAAAACAAGAUUCACCCUGGGCCCCCUUAUCCUGAAAGUCGAGAAGGAAUUCGGCAGAGCCGCGAAGAAGGAAGUGAGAAGCGCGACAGCGACCACCGCCGAAAUGUCGGGGAAAUUGAGCCUACGAGUUCUCCACGGCGGUGCUGCCACCUUGAACUCCAUUCGAGUACUACAACCUAAACAAGUUCGAGUGGAGAGCGCGGACGACCACGACAGAACGCGAGAAUUUGUGUGGAAGAGAUCGUCGCACAUUGCUCAUUUAGUCUCGGAGAAACUAUCGUCGGCGACGAGGUCGAUGCUACGACCGCCGCCCGUCGCAGUAAUUGCCGCCUGAGUUUCCAUCGUCGCGGUUGGUCUUAAUGAAAUCACUCGCUGGUACCAUAAAAAUCGACUUAUUUAAUUUUCUUUUCAUUCGAAAUAGUUUCCUUUUAUGGUACAAUGCUUUUUGUUUUCAAAUCGAAAUAAAGCCUCGACGGAUUCGAAUCGAGGAAAUCGAAGUUCACGUGGACGCGAUUAAGCUUUCGGGUAUUUAUUUAUAGUAGUUGGGAAACUUAUCGAUACGUUGUAGUAAAAAUGACGAAAGCAUUCUUUCGCGUUUCCAGUCUUUGUUA